AUGCAGUACACCUACACGCAAGCACAACCGUGCCGCUGGCAAGAGCAAGAGCACGGUUGUGGAUGCUCUCAAGCAUUUGAUGGCCCUUCAUCACCGCACCUCAGCCACCACUUUCUCGCCACUCUCAAUGGCCACGCCUCCUCCUACACAUCCGCCCUCACUCUCUCCGGCGAGCACCUCUUCACCGGCUCCUCAUCCGGCCAAAUCCACCGCGCCAGCCUCACCCUACCGCACGAGGCCAUGGUGAUCGCCGCUGCCGCGGGAGAAGGCGCCGUGAAGGCCAUCGUCGCCUCCUCCUUCGACAAGCUCAUCACCGCCCACCAAGACCACAAAAUUCGCGUGUUGAAAGUCCACCACCAGAAGAAAAUCACGCAGCUCGCCACGCUCCCGACCCUAAGCGACCGCGCGACCAAGCUCCUGCUCCCAGGGAACCACGUCCAGGUCCACCACGUCGACGCCGUGUCAGCGCUCGCCCUCUCCAACUCACUCCUCUACUCCGUCUCAUGGGAUAGAACUCUCAAGGUAUGGCGGACUGGAGACUUCAAGUGCCUCCAGUCCGUCGUCAACGCGCACGACGACGCGAUCAACGCCGUCGCUGUUAAAAACGGCGCCGUCUACACGGGAUCCUCCGACGGGAGGAUCAAGGUGUGGAGGAGGAAACAAGGGGAGAAGUCUUACUCACUAGAUGCUAUAUUGGCGAAGCACAAGGUCGGUGUCAAUGCCUUGGCGAUGAGCGGCGACGACGCGGUUUUGUACUCCGGCGCGUCGGACGCGUUGAUAUGCGCGUGGAGGAACGAAAGCGGCGGUGAAAUGGCAGCGGUGGCGGUGCUGAGGGGGCAUGCGAAGGCGGUGCUGUGCUUGGCUGCAGUGGCGGACCAUGUGAUUUGCAGUGGGUCUGCUGAUCAAACGGUGAGGGUUUGGAGAGGGAUUGGGAAAGCGUCAUAUGCGUGUUUAGCGAUUCUUGAAGGGCAUCGAGGGCCGAUCAAGUGCAUUACGGUUCAUGCUUCUUCUGAUGCGACAUCACACACCUGUCUUCUCUACAGUGCUGCUCUUGAUUGUGAUAUUAAAGUCCGGAAAUUGUGCCUAUCUAUAUAAGAUAAGUAUAUUCAUUUAAUGAUUAUUAUUAAAAGAUUUAAGAACUUGUUUUGCAUUUUUUUCUUUUUCAGAAAGUGUGGUUAUAAAGUGCAAAAAAAAAGUGUUUUCCUUUAUGACGAUGGUGCUUAUA